CCGCUAGCUUAUCGCGCGAGCCGAUGCGCGGGGCGCCAGUGCCAUCAAGCAGUGCGGCAGUGCGGCUGGAGGCAUGGCGCUCGUCGUCGCGGUCCUGCUGGGGAUGUGCGCGGUGGUCGCGGCCCCGGACUCGGACUCUGUGGCUGGUCCCCCCGAAAAGUUCUGCUCAUGCAUCACCACUGGCGGGGUGCACAUCACCUUCGAUGCCACCAUUUUCUUCCCCUACGAAAACGGGCAGGGCAUAGCUGCAGUCAUCCACGUGCCCGCAUCUGCAGAAGUGAACCUGCUCUGCGAGUCUUCGAACGCCACGACGCAGGUCGUGUCCGUCACCUGGACGUCGUGGAACCCUGACGAUGAGCCCACAAGCUCAUCGGUCCCAUCGACUAUGCCACCAAACAUCCAGACUAGUCCAAAGACGGAGACUUCCACCCUAGAGCCGACAGCGCGUCCAAGUCCAAGCCCUAGCACAACGGCCGCGGCAACUGUCCCACCGACGCAGACGACCCAACAGUCAGCCGGGCCGACGUCUACGGCUCCGACUACCGCCAAAACAUCGCCUGCGACUCAGAAUACAGCCAAAACAUCGUCGGUGACUAAAAAUACAGCGGAGACAUCACCUGCAACUCAGCAAACAACUCAGACAUCACCUGCAACUCGAACUACAGCCGACACAUCGCCUACGACUCAAAAUACAGCUGAGACGUCGACUGUCCCCCCGACGACAGCCGACACAUCGCCUACGACUCAAAAUACAGCUGAGACGUCGACUGUCCCCCCGACGACAGCCGACACAUCGCCUACGACUCAAAAUACAGCUGAGACGUCGACUGUCCCUCCGACAACAGCCGACACAUCGCCUACGACUCAAAAUACAGCUGAGACGUCGACUGUCCCCCCGACGACAGCCGACACAUCGCCUACGACUCAAAAUACAGCUGAGACGUCGACUGUCCCCCCGACGACAGCCGACACAUCGCCUACGACUCAAAACACAGCUGAGACGUCGACUGCCCCCACCACGACAGCCGAAACAUCCCUUACAACUCAAAACACAGCUGAGACGUCGACUGCCCCCACCACGACAGCCGAAACAUCCCCUACAACUCAAAACACAGCUGAGACGUCGACUGCCCCCACCACGACAGCCGAAACAUCCCCUACAACUCAAAACACAGCUGAGACGUCGACUGCCCCCACCACGACAGCCGACACAACGCCUACGACUCUGCAAACAGAGGCUCCAACUGAAGGAAGCUCGUCCAUACCACCAAACGUCAUCAAAAGAGAUGCGUUCCAGGCAAACCAUCAGAGAGCAAGAACCCACGUUCCCUGGUUCGAAUACGGCGUGAUAAAAAACGAAAUCAUGUUCUGGUUCAUGCGCGACGACGAGGACUUCUUCCUCGCCAGAGUGUACACGAGAUUUCGAGUCGGGUCGAUGGGUGACGUCACUCGAGUGUACACGCACACCAGCGACGUCAAAGUGUGGGUCACGCCGUUCGGGAAGACCACGAACUGCGCGACCGAGACGAAGCUGGGUGAUGCGGUCAGCGGAACGCUCUCCAUCAAGGCGCUCAAGCUCUCCGCCUUCAUCCCAAAGGGCUGCGAUCUCCCCGAAACCUCUUAUUACGCGUGCGCGCCGAAAGUGCCCGACGACGACACCCCGACCAGCAAGGGGACGCUGGGAGGCGUGCUGAUCGCCGGCAUCAUCUUGGGGACCUUCUCGGCGGUCGGCAUCGUGUGGCUAGGCGCACGCCGCCUGUACAUCGCGUACAGCGCCAUGAGGGCGAAGCGACAGCAAGACGUGCUCUAGGAGAAACUACAGCAGGGAAAACGAAAAAGUAAAUAAAAGUGCUGAUAAAGGAA